GUCUAUGAAUGGAGAGUUGCGCGAAGAGAACUGGCAACAAGUUUUACAAUAACAAAACAUUUAAUUAUUCUGGCAACCUAUUUUACUGUAUGCACUUUCCAGUGACUUCACUCAAAUGCUCUCUCAGCUCGAAUGUUUGUUUACAAAGUCGCGAAGUAAAACUAAAUUAAAAUUGAUCUCUGGUUUUGUGGUUGAAAAUUGAUCGCAAUGAAGUGUUUAGUGCAGAAUUGCAACAACACCUACGACAAACAGCAUGUAUUAAAAAACUUGAGCUUUUUUCGGUUUCCGCGCGACGAGCUGCUGAAAAAAAAGUGGAUUUCUUUUUGCCGUUUACCUCCCGACUGGGAAUUGACCGAAAACAGCCGCAUCUGCAGCGUAAGUUUUGGUUGUAUAAGUACUAUUUAGUUUUAAAACUAAUCAAUAUUAAAUGGUUUAAUAAAUUUCAGUUACAUUUUAACUAUGAAACGGAUUUAUAUGUUUCCACUGAUGGAGGGAGGUUACUUACAUUACCGGGAGCCAUUCCAGUAUACGAAAAAGUGCCUGAUCUGAAUGCAAGUUCAUGCAGGGAUCAUGAUUUGCUGGAUCACAAUGGCAAUAAUGUGGCUGUGUUAUCAGAUCAUACAAUCGCAUUGGAGUCUUCGGCCCACUACAGUAGUUUAACUGAGUCUAUCGAAACGACGUUAACAGCCGAUUCCAUCGGGAAUCAAGGUAGUCAAAAAUCGUACCAAACAAAACGCUGGAAAAGUAGAUACGCACGAUCUAGUCCAAGGUAAUUUUCCCGUUAAGUGAUUGUUAAGUGUAUUUUUGACGGAUCUCUUUUUUUAUUUUAGGCUCGUUAGAACUAUUCGCCGUUUGAGAACACAAACAGCUCAAAAAAAUAAAACUAUCAGAUUUCUUCGACAAAAACUGAAGCGCUGUAAUAGAAAUACAUCGGAUGUUGUUAGAGACGAAGCCGCUUCAAAAAUAUUCCACCCAGAGCAAGUUAGAUUGUUACGUGGUGAUCUGACGCGUGUUCAAAAAUGGUCACACGAAGCGAUGGUGAACAGUUUCGAAAUGCGAUUCGCGUGUGGUACUAAGGGUUACAACUUCCUUCGGAACAAAAUGCAUUAUCCUUUACCAUCAAUUCGCACCCAGCAACAACGCCUAGAGCACGUACAUUUCGAUACAGGCAUACUACACGAAAUCUUUGAGCUAUUGCGAAGCAAGGUAGCAAGUAUGUCUGCUAAUGAUCGUGACUGCGGCGUUGUCCUCGAUGAAAUGUCGAUAGAUCAAAGCCUUUCGUUUUGCAAUAACAAUAAGAAGAUGUUUGGAAAUGCAACGAUUCCGGGUCAAAAUCAAAAAGCCACACAUGGAUUAGUAGUGAUGUUGGUCGGAAUACACAGUCGUUGGAAACAGGUAGUUGCCUAUCACUUUACAGGAAACACGAUUCCAGAAGAUUUCCAGAAAUCUUUAGUGGUCGAUGUCAUUCAACGUGCUGAAAAUUUGGGGCUAAAUGUUCACUUCGUGACAACAGACUGUGGACCAAAUAACAUUCGAAUGUGGAAUGAUUUCGGCGUUAAGCAUUCAAAGGAUGAAGUGUUGAACAGCAAACCUCAAGUACAUCCUAUCCGAACAAAUGACAAAAUAGAAAUUAUCCCUGACGUGACCCAUGUUUUCAAAAGCUGCGUGCAAGGAUGGGUAAAAAACAAGUUUGUUUAUCUCCCUCAAGAAAUUGUCAAGGAAAACGGCUUUGUUACGGAUGUAGCUAGCGUACUCCACUUGAAAGAACUGGUCGAUUUUGAAGCCAACAAAGGUCUCAAGAUGGCAUCUCGACUGACUUUCAGAGACGUGGAUUUUUUAAACACAAACCGGCUGGAUGCAAUGAAGUUUGGCACUUCAUAUAAGCUAGUGAACCAUGAUGUAGCGGUAGCACUGAGAUUUAUGAGUGCAGAACUUGACAGACCAGAACUUCUAACGACAGCAUAUUUUAUUGAGUGUGUCUGGAAAUGGUUUAAACUGAUGACAUCAAGACAUUUAGACUUAGCUCUUAGCAUGCGAAAUAUUGAUGUUUAUAAUCAGACACUGGCCUUCCUUAAAUGGUAUUGCAGAUUUAUUCAAGAAAGCAAGGUUGGACAAACCAAAAGAUGGAAGCCUUGGCAGUCAGCAUCUAUUCUGUGCACAAACUCCAUUUUACGAUUGCAGAAACAUUUUUUGGUCGACAAACGCUAUCAAUAUUUAUUAACAUGCCGGUUCACACAGGACUGUGUUGAAAACCUGUUUUCGUUAAUAAGAUUCAAGCAAAAGCGUCCUACGGCGCUACAAUUCAAGGACAGUUUGAAAUUACUUACGAUAUCUCAAUUCAUGGCAGAGAUACCUUCAUCAUCUUAUGAAACAGACGACAGAAGUUGGCUGUUAAACCUUACCGAAAGCGUAAUAAAAAAGGACUCUACAAAUGUUCAUCCAACAGAAAUGUUAGGAAAUUCAAACGAGGCUUGCAUGGUAAGACAAAAAUUUACUACAUUCUAAUAAUUAAGCUUAAAUAUUUUAUUUCUAACAAUAGGGCAUCAACCAGAACGAACGAGAAUACGACGAGGAAAUUUUUGAGGAUGCAAUAUUCGACAAUUCAGAGCGUAAUCUUAUCUUUCAUAUUGCCGGCUAUAUACUUCUGAGUGUUUCGAAAAACUUUUCAGUAUGUGAGACGUGUUUUUCUCCUUGCAUUAGCGAAUGCCCGUUUUUAAAAGAUUUUACAAAGUACACCGUUCUUAAAGAUUACACUGGAUCAGCUUUGUUGUAUGUAACAGAACCAACGUAUAUGUUUUUCGUUGCUCUUGAAAAAAUAUUUCGAGAUAAUGUAGCUAAUUUAAUGCAAGAAAAUAACUAUAUUCAAUCCAAACUAAUUUCGAUGAUGAAGUCAGUACGGAUUAACAUUUUCGAGGAAAAAUGCCACGAUAUACGUAAUAAGAUAAUUGAUCGUUUUGUUACAUUCCGACUACGAAUUUAUCAGCCGUACAAGUUCCGAUCGAAUAAGUAUGAUAGCCGUUCGAUGGCAGUUUAAUUUGUAUCGUUUCUGUAGUGUCGUAUCGAAAUGGUUUUGAAAGUGUUGGUACAAAAAAAA